GCGAGCGAGCGAGCGCCUGUCGAGCGGGCGGCUGUCCUUGUUUCGAGCGGAACGAGUGCGUGCACCACACCGGGAUUUCUGCGUUCAAUAGCCUCGAGGCCAUGAAGACCCCGCCUGCCGCGCGCCUGGCGCUGGUUCUUCUGUCUUGCGUUGUAUGGAUGUUGUACAGCUGCGCAGACGGAUUAACCGAUCUAUCAGGAUCAACCAAUUCUGGGCCAACAUGUGACAACGGAUGGACUCUUCACGGCUCCCACUGCUACAAGAAGGCCGGGACAACCAACGGUUGGCAGGGGGCUCAUCACGACUGCCUCUGGGAGGGCGGCGACCUGGUCUCCUUCACCGACGAGAACGAGGAAGACUUUGUGAAGGGGCAGAUGGGCAGCAGGCCGUUCUGGAUCGGACUCUCCAAUCUGGACUGCACAAAGGAGUGGUGUUGGUUUUUUGAAGCGGGAGAAAAGGAGCUGACUUGGUCCAACACCAGUAUGACGCCGGCCUACACCAAUUGGGACACGCGUCAAAAGGGAAGCUCAAAAGUUGAGUCCUGCGCCUACGUCAACCAAGGUGUGGACACCUAUGUUAACGAUCAGCCUGGCAAGUGGAGACAUGGCUCGUGCCAAUCCUCCUUGGCGUACAUGUGCAAGCGGCCGCUCGACGCCUGCUCGAAUGGACGUACCUGUUCCCGCAAAGCAUCUGCUUCCAUUUACUAUCAACUGGAGACUUCCUUCUGCGACUCUGGCCACUUCCUGUACAAGGACUCUUGUUACUAUUUUGAGGGGCCCCGGUCAACCUGGCAACCGGCUGAGGAUUUCUGCAAGAACAAGGGAGGUCACCUGGCCAGCGUCCACUCACAGGUUGACGGAGAAUUUUUGGCUGCUCACGCGCGAGCUGAUUGGAAUUGGCUGGGACUCAAGACGAACAAUGGCAAAUAUGAGUGGAGCGAUGGAUCAAUGACAGAUGAUGUCCCGUGGCGUCCAGAUUACAAACGUAGUGGCUGCGCCCAAUUGUUUCGCGAAGGUCAAGUUGCCAUGUAUCCUUGCAGUGAGCAUUACCCACCCAUCUGUCAAAAAGGCAAGGCCAGAGAUUUCUUCCGGGAUCUUCCGGUGACGACAUCAGCAUCAGGAUCAAUCAAGAAGUGUGAUGCAAAAAUGGGAUGGACUCUUCACGGCUCCCACUGUUACAAGAAGAUGGACACAACCAACGGUUGGCUGGGGGCUCGUUACGACUGCCUCUGGGAGGGCGGCGACCUUGUUUCCAUCACCUCCACGGACGAAGAAGACUUUGUGAAGCGGCAGAUGGGCGACCAGCCCUUCUGGAUCGGGCUCUCCAACCUGAACUGCAAAGAGGAAUGGUGUCAGUUUUUGGAUGCGGGAGCAAAGGAGCUGACUUGGUCCAGCACCAGUAUGACGCCGGACUACACCAAUUGGGACACGCGUCAAAAGGGAAGCUUCAACGUUGAGUCCUGCGCCUACGUCAACCAAGGUGUGGACCUCUACAAUCAGCCUGGAAAGUGGAGACAUGGCUCGUGCCGAUCCUCCUUGGCGUACAUGUGCGAGUGGUCGCCCGACGACUGCCCGGACGGAUGGCCGUGUUCCUACAAAGACUUGGGUUACCGUUACAAUCGAGUUGAGAAUUCCUUCUGCGACUCUGGCGAGUUCCUGUACAAGGACUCUUGUUACCAUUUUGAGGGGACACGUAAAACCUGGCAAGAGGCUGAGGAUUUCUGCAAGAACAAGGGAGGUCACCUGGCCAGCCUCCACUCACUGGUUGUCGGACAAUUUUUGUUUGCUCACGUGCGACGUCAUGGACAAGGAUGGUUGGCUUGGUUGGGACUCAGGAAGAACAAUGGCAACUUUGAGUGGAGCGACACAUCAUGUCCAAAUGAUGUCCCGUGGUACAGUUCAUACAGAUCAUCUGAGUGCUCCAAAUUGGCAUUUGAUGGUAACGCUCACCUGACCCAAUGCGAUACCCUUCGUCCAUCCAUCUGUCAAAAAGGCAAGGCCAGAGAAUUUCUUCCGCUUCUUCUGACGCCGACAUCAGCAUCAGGCGAGAGCGCAAAGUGCGGCUGGUGGCAGGAAAACCCCGCCAACAACUUCUGCUACCUGAUCAACUCCAAGCCCACCAAGACCUGGAAGGAGGCGCGAGACAAGUGCGCCCGCCUCAGCGGCAACCUGCUCGGCUUCGCCGACUCGCAGGAACACGCCUUCAUCCAAGGUCUUCUGCCAAAGGCUUCCUCUGUGUGGUUGGACACCACGGUUGAAGACGGCAGCGAGCAGUCGGCCCAAUCCUCACCCAAUUCCGUCCAGUUGGCCGCCGCAGGUAACCCCAGUGACCCCUCCGGCCGACGCUGCAACGCCUUACUCGGUGUCGAGGGCGGCCGGGAAGUCGGCGAUUGCGAGAAGAAGCGCGGCUACGUCUGCAAGAGACGAGUCGUUCAGACAUGUGAAACAAACAAAGGGUGGCGUCGCUUCGGCUCCAACUGCUACAAGAAGAUGGAGACCACCAACGGUUGGCUGGGGGCUCGCUACGACUGCGUCUGGGAGGGCGGCGACCUGGUCUCCAUCACCUCGCCCUACGAGCAAAGCUUUGUGACGGAGCAAAUGGGCGACAAGCCCUUCUGGAUCGGACUCUCCAAUCUGAACUGCGACAAGACCUGGUGUCAGUUUUUUGAAGCGGGACAAAAGAGGCUGACUUGGUCUAACACCGCUGUGACCCUGAACUACGUCAACUGGCACUCAGGUCAAGACGGAAGUGCCAGCGUUGGUUCCUGCGCGUACGUCAACCAAGGUGUGCACUCCUCCAGUCAGCCUGGCAAGUGGAGACAUGGCUCGUGCGGAUCCUCCUUGCCGUACAUGUGCAAGCGGUCGCCCGACGACUGCCCGGAGGGACGGCUGUGUUCCUACAAAGACUACGGAUUCGGCUACAAUCAAGUGGAGACUUCAGCUUCCUACUGCGACCCUGGCGACUUCCUGUACAAGGGCUCUUGCUAUCACUUUUGGGAGAAAAAACGAACUUGGGAGGACGCCGAGAAGUUCUGCCGAGAAUCGGAAGGUCACCUGGCCAGCGUUCACUUACUGGACGAAGGCCAAUUCUUGGCUGGUCACAUGCCUUACAAAGAAGGAUUGCAAUCCUGGGUGGGACUCAAAAAACACGACAUAAUGUUUGAGUGGAGCGACGCAACACCUGCAGGCAACAUCGAGUGGGUCCCACACGGGCCGGUUGGACGGGGUGACUGCGCUGCCUUGUCGCUGACUGGAAAACUUGAGGACUGGCCCUGCACCGAUAUUCAGCCAUUCAUCUGUAAAAAAGCCAAGGUCCAAGACUUUCUUCUUCCUCCGCCGCCAGGCCGGAGUGCAAAGUGCGGCCGGUGGCAGGACCGACCCUCCUCCGACUUCUGCUACCUGAUCCAACACAGGCCAACCAAGGCCUGGAAGGAGGCGCGAGAUGACUGCCUUCGCCACGGAGGCGACCUGCUCAGUAUCGCCGACUCACGUGAACAGGCCUUCAUACAAAGUCUGUACACUUUUCUGCCGAGCGCUCCCUCUCUGUGGUUGGGCGUCAACAACAACAUCACGAAAGACGGCAGCGGGUGGACUGACGGAUCCCCGUUGGGUUACGCCGUCAUCGACGGAGAUGACCCCGGUGACCCCUCUGGUGCGUCCUGUCUUUCCCUGCUCACAAGCAACGGCCGCUGGAAGUUUGACGAUUGCCAGAAGAAGCGAGGCUACAUGUGCAAGAGAAGAGGAAACAUUCUAGAACCGCCGCAGCAGCCUCAUGACGCAUUAAUCGAUCCCAAGGCAUCAUGUGACGCCAAAAACGGAUGGAAUCCUCACGGCUCCAACUGCUACAAGAAGAUGGAGACGCUCAACGGUUGGCUGGGGGCUCGUCAGGACUGCCUCUGGGAGGGCGGCGACCUGGUCUCCAUCUCCUCAAUCUACGAGGAAAGCUUUGUGAAGAAGCAAAUGGACGACAAGCCCUUCUGGAUCGGACUCUCCAAUCUGGACUGCAACAAGGACUGGUGUCAGUUUUUUGAAGAGGGGGAAAAGAAGCUGACUUGGUCCGACACCGGUGUGAUCCCGACCUACGACAACAGGGACUCGCGUCAAGACGGAAGCUCCAACAUUGAGGCCUGCGCGUACGUCAACCAAGGUGUGCACUCCUCCAGUCAGCCCGGCAAGUGGAGACAUGGCUCGUGCGGAUCCUCCUUGCCGUACAUGUGCAAGCGGUCGCCCGACGACUGCCCGGAGGGACAGCUGUGUUCCUACAAAGACUACGUAUUGGACUACCAUCGCGUGGAGACUUCCUACUGCGACCCUGGCGACUUCCUGUACAAGGGCUCUUGCUAUCACUUUGGGAGGAUGGAGCGCACUUGGAACGAUGCCGAGAAGUUCUGCCAAGAAUCGAAAGGUCACCUGGCCAGCGUCCUCUCAUGGGACGAGGGCAAAUUCUUGGCUGCUCACGCGCCGUACGUAGGAGGAUUGCAAUCUUGGGUGGGACUCAAGAAGAACAAGGACAACUUUGAGUGGAGCGACGCAACACCUACAGGCAAGAUCGAGUGGGUCCCAAACAGGCCGGCCGGACGGGGUGACUGCGUUGCCUUGUCGCAGACUGGAAAACUUGAGGACUGGCCCUGCACCAAUAUUCAGCCAUUCAUCUGUAAAGAAGCCAAGGUCCAAGACUUUGUUCUUCCUCCGCCGGCAGGCCGGAGUGCAAAGUGCGGCUGGUGGUUGGAGCGACCCUCCUCCGAUUUCUGCUACCUGAUUCAACGCAAGCGCACCAAGACUUGGGAGGAGGCGCGAGACGACUGCCUUCGCCACGGAGGCGACCUGCUCAGUAUCGCCGACUCACAUGAACAGGCCUUCAUACAAAUUACCUCCAAAGCUAUGUACACUGCUCUGCCGAGCGCUCCCUCUCUGUGGUUGGGCGUCAACAACAACAUCGCGAAAGACGGCAGCGAGUGGACUGACGGAUCCCCGAUGGGUUACGUCGUCAUGGACGAAGGUGACCCCGGUGACCCCUCUGGUGCGUCCUGUCUUUCCCUGCUCACAAGCAACGGCCGCUGGAAAUUUGACGAUUGCCGGAAGAAGACAGGCUACAUGUGCAAGAAACGAGGAAACAUUCUAGAACCGCCGCAGCAGCCUCAUGACGCAUUAAUCGAUCCCAAGACAUCAUGUGACGCCAAAAACGGAUGGAAUCCUCACGGCUCCAACUGCUACAAGAAGAUGGAGACGCUCAACGGUUGGCUGGGGGCUCGUCAGGACUGCCUCUGGGAGGGCGGCGACCUGGUCUCCAUCUCCUCAAUCUACGAGGAAAGCUUUGUGAAGAAGCAAAUGGACGACAAGCCCUUCUGGAUCGGACUCUCCAAUCUGGACUGCAACAAGGACUGGUGUCAGUUUUUUGAAGAGGGGGAAAAGAAGCUGACUUGGUCCGACACUGGUGUGAUCCCGGCCUACGCCAACAGGGACUCGCGUCAAGACGGAAGCUCCAACAUUGAGGCCUGCGCGUACGUCAACCAAGGUGUGCACUCCUCCAGUCAGCCUGGCAAGUGGAGACAUGGCUCGUGCGGAUCCUCACUGGCGUACAUGUGCAAGCGGUCGCCCGACGCCUGCCCGGAGGGACAGCUGUGUUCCUACAAAGACUACGUAUUGGACUACCAUCGCGUGGAGACUUCCUACUGCGACCCUGGCGACUUCCUGUACAAGGGCUCUUGUUAUCACUUUGGGAGGAUGGAGCGCACUUGGAAGGAUGCCGAGAAGUUCUGCCAAGAAUCGAAAGGUCACCUGGCCAGCGUCCUCUCAUGGGACGAGGGCAAAUUCUUGGCUGCUCACGCGCCAUAUAUAGGAGGAUUGCAAUCUUGGGUGGGACUCCAGAAGAACAAGGGCAACUUUGAGUGGAGCGACGCAACACCUACAGGCAAGAUCGAGUGGGUCCCAAACAGGCCGGCCGGACGGGGUGACUGCGUUGCCUUGUCGCAGACUGGAAAACUUGAGGACUGGCCGUGCACCAAUAUUCAGCCAUUCAUCUGUAAAGAAGCCAAGGUCCAAGACUUUGUUCUUCCUCCGCCGGCAGGCCGGAGUGCAAAGUGCGGCUGGUGGUUGGAGCGACCCUCCUCCGAUUUCUGCUACCUGAUUCAACGCAAGCGCACCAAGACUUGGGAGGAGGCGCGAGACGACUGCCUUCGCCACGGAGGCGACCUGCUCAGUAUCGCCGACUCACAUGAACAGGCCUUCAUACAAAGUCUGUACACUUUACUGCCGAGCGCUCCCUCUCUGUGGUUGGGCGUCGACAACAACAUCACAAAAGACAGCAGCGGGUGGACUGACGGAUCCCCGUUGGGUUACGUCGUCAUGGACGGAGGUGACCCCGGCGACCUCUCUGGUGCGUCUUGUCUUUCCUUACUCACAAGCAACGGGCGCUGGAAGUUUGACAAUUGCCAGAAGAAGAGAGGCUACAUAUGCAAGAAACGAGGAAACACGCCAAAAGCGCCGCUGCCUCAUGACGGCUUUAAGGAGAUCCUUGUCUGCAACAAGCAUUCUGCUGACCUCGUGUGUGAGGCUGAGGGUCAGAAGGAAAGCCGCAUCAGCAUCCAGUCCGCUUUUUACGGUCGGCGGAGUGACGACGUUUGCCAGGAGGACGCCGACUCAAACAACGACUACUCAUUCAAUGACCACUCAUUCGACGACGACAACUCAUUGGAAAACGACGACACCUGCUCAGUGAAAGGCAUCGUCCCUCGCUACAGGAAAAUGUGCAACACCCAGCAAAAAUGCCACAUUGAGGUUUUGGAGGACAAGUCCUGCCCUGCCCCCUCCAACUAUCUGCAGAUGGUCUAUAGCUGUGAACAGAAAGUGUGUCUCGACAGUCUGGGCAUCGCCGACGGCAGCGUCGCGGACUCUUCCUUCAAAGCCUCCUCCUCAAUGGAAGACGCCACCCCAGAAAAAGCCCGCCUCAACGGGGAGUCCUGCUGGAAGCCGUCAAAAAAUGCCCUCGGCAGCUGGAUCCUGGUGAACCUCGGCUACACGAGAAAAGUGACUGCGAUCGUGACCCAGGGCUGUAAUAGCACCGAUACUCGCUCCUGGGACAUCCCACUUGAGAUGAGACUGAGCGUUAAUAGGAGGCAGUGGACCAAACACCCGGACGGGAAGUUCAUCGGCGGUGGGACUCAUCUGCUUGAGACGCCCGCGUUCGCUCAGUACGUCCACAUCCAGCCGCUGGAGAAUCGUCCAGAAUUUGGCCUCCGCUUCGACAUCUUGGGAUGCCCACAUGAGGAUAAGACCACCUGUGCCAGAAAGUUCAACAGCCUCCGCAUCACCGAUUGGAUGACCUUCUACUGUCCACCGGGCUGUGCCAAAUACUUUGUCGCUGGAACAUUGGUCUACUCUGCGGACUCGCACAUCUGCGCGGCCGCCAUUCACGCCGGCGUCAUCCGGAACGACAUCGGAGGAGAUUGUAUUGUGAUGAGAGCUCCUAAACAGCAAGUCUACACGGGCUCCACCGGGAACGGGAUCACCUCCGGACAUUUGAACGACCCGCUGGGUGUGUCUCACACGUUUGCGGACGGGGAGCCCAGAUGCGCGGUGUCUGACUGGGAGGAGUUUGCCGGGUUCUGCUACAAAACGUUUGACGAGGAAAAGAACUGGGCUGAUGCGCAACAAGUGUGUCAUGGUUUCGGUGCCGAACUGGUGUCCAUCCGCAGCGAGAUGGAGCAGGCGUCAGUGAAAACUGUCUCCCACCUUGAAACCAGCGACAUGUGGACCGGACUGAACGACCUGGCGCUUCCCGGCACGUUGGUGUGGUCGGACCGCCACGAGGUGACCUUCACCCACUGGGCCGCGGGAGAACCCAUCCAGCGCGUCGGCCUCGACAAACACUGCGUGGCUGUGUUACGGCAGACUGGGAGAUGGAAGCGAAUGUCCUGCGCUCAAGUCAACAGCUUCAUGUGCAAAAUGCCCACAGCGCAUUUUCCAAUUGCCUCACCGGAGCCACAGGUGGCGCCGUAGAGUCCGCCUGGCUGUGUCAGUUCCCAACGGCCCAAGAGCCCAUGGAGAAAAUUGACAAUGCAAGCAAGUCAUCAUCGAAGACAAAGAUUGAAUGCCCUUCCUACUGUGCUCCAAAGAAAUAGUAUCACCAUUGUAACAAAACCAUAAAAAGACAAAAAAUAUCACUAGCUCAGGCCGACAACAUAUCCGAAGGCCUGGAGAGAGAACUUAUCUUGAGUGUUUUUAGCAUUUAGCUUAUCUGUUAUCAGCCAACUAGAUGUCGUGUCCAGAUGCAAUGUGAACGAGCGUGCUCGCUAUGUUCCCUAACACUCGACUCUACUUGGUUUGUCCUUUUUAGUUUUUUUUGCGCGCUUGACUUAACUUUGACUGCCUUUUCGUAAAUUUACUGACUCAAAGAGCAAAACACAUUGUACAGAAAUUCCAGUGCUUUCAAAGAGCCCAAUCGUAAGAACGGGAGAGACGAGAAUAGUCUCGAGGCUGCAAUGAAAGUCCAAAGUCGGUUAUUGCUAUCGUUCAUGAGUUUGGUUUUAUUCGUGUCGUGUUGUCUUGUCCUCAUCGCCUUUAAAAAACGAGCCCGGACUUGACAGCUUUUUGUUUGAAAGAAAAGCUUCUAUAGAAUGUAUGAUUAGAAAUAAUGAAUUUUGAAUCACUAGAGAGCCAUGUUACUGCCAAUGAUGCCUGCGACUGUAGAAAUGUCUCUGGAAGGGUAAUCCAUUAAUUUUCGAUGGUCUCUUACCGCAUCUACAAUUCACUGUCAAUUUAUAUACAGUUAUCGCAUUUUUGAUUACUGAUUGCAGUUUUCGACUCCAUCGCUGCUGUCAGAAUAAUGUUGGUUUUCACUGUCGUUCUCUCUACGCUACGUUAUCGCAUCUACAAUUCACUGUAUAUUAUGUCGAUUUAUAUCCACUUCUUACAUUUUUGAUUACUGAUUGCAGUGUUUUAAUCAAUCACUGCUGUCAGAAAAAUGUUGGUUUUCACUGUCGUUGUAAAAAUGUCAAAAUAAAAGCAAUUGAUCACGA